AGCAUGACAUCACUCAGCCUUGCUCUCCACCCAAAAAGAUCUGGGAUGGAGGUGCAAACGUGAGCUGGACAAGAGGGGGGUUUGCAGCUCUUUUCAGCUCAGUUUCUGAGGGAAGAGGGAGAGUUUUCCGCCCGAUGUGCUAUAAGGAAGUGCAUUUUCUUGCGAGCAAAACUACCACCGGCUUCGGGUCUCUGACAACGUGAAAGUAAUUGCAAGGAAAAGGCAACUGUAGGAAGAAAGUUGAAAACAAGAUCUUUUCUUUUUUUGGCACGGAUUGUGACAGAAAUACUUGACUCCUUUCCACUCAACGGCACAACUUUCGGAUCUGAUGCACAUUUCCUUUAAUUUUCCUCCAAUCAUGGGGAUUUAUUUGGAGUUAAAUGAAGAUAUCGAAGUGUGAAGCAAGAAAACACUACUUAAAGGGUUUGGAAGGAUAUUUCACCAUCACUGAAGGAACAGACUUUUUGAACCUGCAUGGAAAAUGACCUUUUUAAUACCAAAAGCAGCAAAGGAAAACUAUGAUUGAAAUCUUACAGGAGUUGAUUUCAGUUGUACUUUUAACCUGAAAUAGACCAUGGAAAGUAUAUUAUCCCUGCUCUGUUGUCAUUAUUCUCUGCUGAUUUUAUUGCAGCAAAAAUACCAGGUGUAUGGAAACUAUUCCCAGCUCCCCAAACACCCAGGGUUCAAAGUUCUCGCAUCAGCUUCCCAUUACUGGCCAUUGGAAGACGUGGAUGGAAUAAUGAGUUUCGGGAAUGCGAAUGGAGAUAUUGUAGAAGGAAUGGUGAACAAAGGAAUUUAUGUCACUGAAAAGAAAGGAGUUACCUUUCUCUUCUUUGGAAGCUACCAGAAUUCUUGCAUUAGUAAUCCAGAAGUUUGUGGACCUGAAGGAGUAACAUUUUCCUUUUUCUGGAAGACUCAAGACCAACAGGCCAAGUUUCUCCCUGCCUCUGGUGGACGGGUAAUUUCCAGUGGUUUCAAGAUCUGUUCAAAUGAAGGUGAAGGCUCAGUGGAAUUUUACACCCGUGGGAAUGCAAUGAUGAAGUGGAAAGCAAGCUUUAGCCCACCAGGUCCUUAUUGGACUCACAUUCUCUUCACUUGGAAAUCAAGAGAAGGGCUGAAAGUCUAUGUCAAUGGAACCCUGAACACAACUGAUCCAGAUGGGAAAGUGUUCUAUGAUUAUGGAGACCCCAGUGCCAAUCUCCUGACGGGGACAGAGGGGGAGCAGAGCAAGCGCUACGUGAACGGGGCCUUCGAUGAGUUCAUCAUCUGGGAAAGGGCCCUGACCCCCCGGGAGGUGGAGCAGUACUUCACAGCUGCUAUUGGUGUGCAAGUUUUGCUUUCUUCCACAAUUCCGUGGUCUCUGAUGACAACCACUACAAAACCUGUGCUCUCCACCAACGCCUACCGACCCAUCAUCACCAACCUCACCCAGGAGAGAGGGAAUUUCCGCUCCCCCGACACCGCGCUCGGGUACCUGGAGAACGUGUCCUUCAGCCUGCCCAACGAAUCCCUGUCACAAGACACUGCUCUGAGCCUCACAGAGGCAUUUUUAAAAGCUAUUGAAGACUUUAUGUUGUUGCCCAACCUGAUUGAUGGACCACAGAUAGCUCACGUGUUUGGCAGUUUGAUCCAGACCGUGGACACCGUCAUGUCUCACGUCACGCGCAACCUGGACGGGGACUCCUCUCCCUCGACUAUCGAGGGCACGUCGCCUGUGGCAGAUUACACUGUGCUCAAAAUGCAUCCUCAGACUCUGAAUUUGUCCCACUAUCGAUUUCCAUCUCGAGGGCAGAGUUAUAUUUCCAUUCCCAGUGAAGCUUUCCAUGAAAAAGCUUGGAUUACCAUUGUCGGCCUCCUUUACCAUGACAUGCAUUAUUUCUUUCACAAUAUCAACCCUAUGGAUACCAAGAUUGCUGAAGCUGCCGCCUACAAAGGUUAUAUGAUCUCAGCAACCAGUUAUCUCAUCUCUAUCAAAGUGGAACCUCUACCCAAGUUGUCCCACAAUCUGUCAGGAUCUCCUCUCAUCACCAUCCAGCUCACCCACAAAUUGACGCCCAGACAAUACAGCCAAGCACUAAAUAAGAGUAACAGAGUUCAUCUUUACUGUGCAUUUCUGGAUUAUAGCAAUGGAACUGGUGUUUGGUCUAACGAAGGUUGUGUGCGUGAGAGUGGGGACCUCAACUACUCGGUGUGUCUCUGCAACCACCUCACUAACUUCGCCAUUCUGAUGCAAGUGGUGCCUCUGAAGCUAGCAAGAGAACACCAGGUGGCCCUCUCCUCCAUCACUUACAUUGGCUGUGCUCUGUCCAUCUUCUGCCUGACGAUCACGCUGGUCACAUUUGCUAUAUUGUCGUCUGUCAGCACCAUCCGCAACCAGCGCUACCACAUCCACGCCAACCUGUCCUUUGCUGUCCUGGUGGCCCAGAUCCUGCUCCUCACCAGCUUCCAGUUCACCCCUGGCACUGUGCCUUGCAAGAUUUUGGCCAUUCUCCUUCAUUUUUUCUUCCUGAGUGCUUUUGCCUGGAUGCUGGUGGAAGGAUUUCAUCUCUACAGUAUGGUGAUCAAAGUAUUUGGGUCAGAAGAAAGCAAGCACUUAUACUAUUAUGGAGUUGGAUGGGGCUGCCCACUGGUGAUUUGUGUCAUUUCUGCAACAUCAUCCCUAGACAGCUAUGGAGAAAGUGGCAACUGCUGGCUUUCACUGGAGAAUGGAGCAAUCUGGGCUUUUGUGGUGCCGGCGAUGUUUGUCAUUCUGGUCAAUAUUGGUAUUCUCAUUGCUGUCACAAGAGUCAUCUCCAGAAUCAGUGCAGACAACUAUAAGGUCCAUGGAGAUGCUAAUGCCUUCAAACUGACAGCUAAAGCCGUCGCCGUUCUCUUACCAAUCUUGGGAAGCUCGUGGAUCUUUGGGAUUUUGGCUGUCAAUGCCCACACAUUAGUAUUCCAGUAUAUAUUUGCUGUGUUCAAUUCACUACAAGGAUUUUUCAUGUUCCUGUUCCACUGCCUUCUGAACUCAGAGGUCAGAGCUGCCUUUAAGCACAAAACCAAGGUCUGGUCCCUCACCAGUAGUUCCACUCGCAACAUCAAUGUGAAACCCUUCAAUUCAGACAUUAUGACUGGGAACAGGCCAGGUACAACCCCCACCAAGCUGAACACCUGGGAUAAAAGCACCAACUCAGCCAACCGUGUUGAUUUAUCAGCAGUCUGACAGUGACAGCAGCUCCUUGGAGAAAAUCAAGCCAUACAUUCAGGACCCCUGACACUGUGUCCACCAGCUUUUUCUCACUGUUUGUAACAGUAGAAAACUGCCUUUUUUUUUUUUUUUUUUUUUUUAUAAUCACUGCCUAAUAAAUUGGGAAUUGCCAUGUUGUUUUGUCGAGUAAAUAGCCCUCAUCUGCUUGCCUUCAGAACUGUAGCACAUUCUGCCACUUGGCUCUGAGCAAUACCUGUAAAAAUAACCAGCACAAAUAUACACUGGAUGGUUUUGUCAGCAAUGAUGAAAACACUAGGUAUGCAAAAAGGGCUUAUUGCUCUCUGAAUCGUUCCAGCACCCAGGACUGAGGAAAGGCAACGUACCUCUGGAAAGAUGGAUUUUUAUGCCCUGAAAUGAAAUGCUUCCCACUGGGGUGUUGUAAUGGGGCUAUUCCAGGCUCGCUGUGCUCUCUCUGUUUACAUUUAUUGCCUUACAGAAUCCGGUUAUUGAAGUGAAGUUUGUUCAAAAUAGUAUGGUGAUUAAUUUAAAUGCUACAGGGAAGCCAGGACUUGAGGGAGAAGCAGGUUCCAGCUACUCCACUCCCAGUGUGGGCACGGAUUAGCAGAGUUAAUACACACAUAUGUCUGGAUGCACAUAAAGAGCACACCUAACAUGUAAAUCUCCUGUAUGUGGUCCAUUAGUAUUUUAGAUCUUCCUGUUGACACCUUUUCUAUCAGAGGCAGAAAUGGCUCAGGUUGUCCUCUAGCAGCCCAGAGCCUCUGUAAUGCUGAUUUGUGUCUGCUGACAUAUCUCAAUACAAAUUAUUCCACUGCUUUGCCUGGAGCCUUGGGAUGCAAGCAACAGCUGUCCAUCAAGUGCAUUUCUUAAACUCUCUGCAGCUUUUGGAAAUCAAAACCUGGCACUGUGACUUAUCUUUCUGCUUCUACUGGUCCUUUCAAGACACUGAAUUCCUACCACGAAGAUGAAACACAAUGAUACACUGUGAAGACAGCCAGCCUACAAAUAAGUCUAUGUAUUGUUACCUACAGACAGCUUUUAAAUAAGUCUCUGCAGUCUCUUCUGUGGUUUUAAACUCUGCUCAGCACUUAAUAGCUGCUGUUUUAGUACUGCUGUGAAGCACCUCUAAGGAGAAAAAAUACACUCUACUGUUUGUUUGGAGCAGUGUUUUGUAGUUUCUCAGGGCGGUGUUUGGAGCACAAGAGAGCUCAAUCUCGCUGUGCCAACCAUCCACCUUCCCAGCUGGAGGAAAGCAGAGUUUAAGUCCUGGGGCUGGUCAAAGUCCCUGAGUAUGUGCCUUGCUCUAGGACUUAGCAGCCAGGGUCUCCAGAACAAUUUCCAAAGAUGAGAUCCCCUCACCUUGACUCCUUAUCCCCAGCUCUUCGUUGUUUGCUCUCCCCAUAACAGACUGGGUAUACUGGUUUGCAGGAAUCACCAAGGUAAUUAUCUUUCCUAAUACACUGAGCUGUCAAAGUACUACAACAAGCAGAAAACAUGCAAAUCUUCAGCCUCAUGUUUUGCUAAGAGGUUUUAUGGUGAUUUUUUUUUUUUUACCUUAAUUAAAUGUUUGUAUCUUCAGCAGCUCAGAUUGUUUCUGGUCCCAGUGAAUCCAGCCAGAUAUCUGCUAUUGAUUUCCAAGAGAACAGGUAUUUACAUCCCAGUGUGCAGAGUGGAAAUUUUCUGCUGGAGAGUAAAUUUAUCAAAAAUAAAAUAAAAUUAAAUUGAUCUUUAGGGAACAGGAAACAUCCAUCAACUGGGACCGAAUGUAGUGAAGUGUUUAAUCCAAAAGACGUGGAAUUGAAAAUUUAGAAAAACUUCAUGCAUUUCAUUUCUCUUUGAUCCCAAAUUAAGUUUUGUUCAUGUUUCCUUCCUACACUAAGAAAAAUGAUCUCUUUUAGUUUAGACCAACCUUUUCUCCCCUUUCCCCUUCCUGGCCAAGAAUUUUCAGUGUGGUCCCCAAACUGAAACCCCAGACCCCACCCAGGUUAGUUUGGGACUACAAAUUAAAACAUUCUAAAGAAAUUAUCUUAUUUUCACCAGAUCUAUGCCGGAUUUCUGCAGCUGGAACAGAGCAGAAUGUGGCAUAGUGCAUAUCACACAUAUACAUGCAUGAAAUAUAUAGGCUUUAAUCUCGUGUUUCCUAAUGCUAAAUAACUCCAAAUGGAGGGUCAGUAAAAGCUAAAUAUGUAAAUGGCUGUGUCUUUAUUUUGGCUUUUGUGUAUGGCUUUUUCCUGCCUUUUCUGUAUUGCUGUGCAAAUAUAUGGGCUUUUUGUGGCCUGAAAA